CGUCGUUCUCAACGAAAAUGUAUCAGCCAGCUUUUACAGCUUUUACAAUAAAAAGACAUUAAUAUAUAUGAAAAAUAUACAAAAAUAGAGAAAUUACAUUGGUAUGUGCAGUAUGACCAGAAGUGUUUCCGAAUUGAACUAAAAAUGGAGUUUCCAAUACAAGUGGCGGUGCGAAUAUGUCCGAUUUUCGAGGAUAAUAAUGGAAAUUUGCGAAAGGAAGAAGAGGUGGAUGCAACAAAGGAAGGCAGCAGUAAUGACUAUGAUGAUGACGAGAGGGAUAGGAAAUGUUGUGUUCGGAAUAUACCAUUUGCCCCGAGAAGACCGCAACCACCAAUAGGAUGCAUGGAUCCGGCAGCUGGCAUAGUACAAGUGGGUCCCCACUCGUUUCCUGUAACGCAUGCUUUGCCGCUGAAUUGUACACAGAAUCAAGUGUACCAUCAGGCCGUCUUUCCGCUGAUGAGUUUGUUUAUGGAGGGCUUUGACGCAUCUGUGGUGGCCUAUGGGCAAAGCGGUUGCGGCAAGACAUACGCCUUGUAUGGUAAUGGUUUCAAUGAAUCGCCCGAAAAGGAUGACCAUGGUGUGGUGGCACGUUGUAUACGUGAGAUAUUCAAUCACAUUGCCAAUCAUCCGGAGCGUACUUAUGCUGUGAACAUAACAUGGGUAGAGAUUUGUCGGGAGAUUAUCCGAGAUGUAUUUGGAGUGGGCAGUGUACAGUGCAUGAAUGUCAAUGAUGCCUUCCACUGGCUAAAAGUGGGCUACAAACUUCUGAACAGUACAAAAUCUCAAAUGGGUCAUUCUUUGUUCAGCAUAACAUUGGAACAGAGAUGGGUAUCAAAGGAGGGCUUGAUUCAACAUCGCUUGUCCACAGCUAGUUUCACGGAUUUGUGUGCCACGGAACGUUUGUUUAUGUUGAACUCACUGGAACAGCCAACAAGUCUUCCCAAAGAUUUGGGUUUACAGUCGCUGGAGCGAGUGGUCAGCACCCUUAUAGAUCCCUCGUUAAUUUUCAAAGCAAAUUUCAAUGUGCCGUAUAAUCAAACCAUGUUGACAACUCUACUCAAGGACUCAUUUGGUGGCCGGGCCCAAACUCUGGUUAUUGUUUGUGUAUCUCCUUUGGAAAGGGGUAUCAACGAGACCAUUUGUAAUAUGCAAUUUGCCUUUAAGGUCCAGUGUGUAAGGAAUUUUGUGGUAAUCAAUUCAUUUUCUGAUGACAAUACCCCGGUGUCACCGGAUGAAUUGCCACCCGAAAUGAGGGAUGUUGGAAUGGGAAUACCUCCGCAGGUCCAUGAUAAUUUUGGUUUACAAUUUGCCGCCAGCCAAUGGUCGAAAUUGGUGUCCAAUGCCGAGGACUUGUUGUCGAAAUUAAUAUCCUCCAAUACUCUGGGUGAGACGGAUAAGCAGCAAAUCGAGGAAUGGUUACUGCAGAAGCAAGAAUGUGAGGAAUGUUUGAAUUCUACCGAUUCUAUGCAGGCUGAAAAUGCCUUGGGGCCCAUACAGGAAGCCGACGAACAUGAUGAGGAAGAGGAGGAUGUUGAUAGUGAUCCUGACGUUAGCGACUCAGAGACACCAAUGCAAGAAAAUUCUGCAAAUGAAUCUGAUGUGGAAUCCCCCCGAGCUGACUUGGAAGAAAAACUGGAGUUGCUAAUGGACGAUUUGAAAACAAAGACCGAUGAUAUUGUAAAACAAAAGUAUGAAGAUUUUAUGGAAACCCAUCCUAAAGGUGUUAUGGAAUCUCAGGAAAGCAUGCGGCUAAAAAAAGACAACAGCUAUGAAGAAAAACAGGAUGAGCGUAAGCCUUCGCUAGGCAGCAGUGAUAGUAAUAGCGGCGGAGUUGUGGUUUCAGGUAGUGGUGGUGGCGGAGGAGUUGGUCGUAGACGUUCCAUACAACCGGGCUCCACAUUAUCCAGCGCUGAGAUUGCAAUGCUUAAUCGUGUGGCGUCUAGGGAGCGCUCCGAAAGCGAUAAAUCAAAAGAGAAUCAUCAGCUGGAAACUCAACCAGACGACUUUUUGGAUGUGUCAACUGAUUUGCCGGUACUUAGACCUAUUCUCAAUUCCCCCUUGGAGGCUAUACAAAAGAAACUACGCAAACUAGAUGCCGAUAUAGAGGCGAGGCAAAAACAAAUCAAAGAAAUUGAGGAGACCAUGCAAUUGAAACAGAAUAUUAUCACAGAGCUCAUUAAGAAUAGCGACACGCGGACCACAGCCAAACAAAGAUUCCACAAGAAGCGUGCCAAGCUAGAAGCUGAAUAUGAAAAAUCCAAAAAGUCCCUCAACAAGGCAAUGGCCCAGCAAAGGGACAAAAGUGAAUUGGAUCGUUUAAAGGCGGUUAUAAAUCAUUUGGAGCAAAGACUCAAUGAUGUAACCUCCAUAAAACAUAUCGCCGGCGAAAGUGUACAAAAGGUCAAGAAACUACAACAGUCUCUGCAAGAAUCCAAAAAGCUAAUGGAGGAGCUGCAAAAGAAGGUGAAGAAAGAGAAGAAACUUAAGGAGGCUUUGCAAAACGAGUUGAAAUCGCUCAAGGAAAAAGAAAACACCAAAGCUAUAACAUGCAAACUCGAGGACGGGCCAAAACUUCCUGAGGAGAAAUCGAAACAUCUGAAGGAUGUCCAGUCACGCAUUGCCCAUUUGGAUCAUGUCCUUAAAGAGAAAUCAGAUAACUUGGAACAAUAUCGUGACGAUGAACAACGUGAAAGUUUACGCCAUGAAAUACGUAAUCUGCGUCGUACUCGGGACCAUUUAUUGGAUCAAAGAUGUUCUUUGGAUCGAAAGUUGAAGCGCGAUAAAAUGCUGAGCCACAAAGAGGAACGUAAGCUGUUGGAAUGCGAUGAGGCCAUAGAGGCCAUUGAUGCGGCUAUAGAAUUCAAAAAUGAAUUGAUUUGUGGUCACAAAUCCAUUGAUACCAGUGAGCGUCUGCAACGUGAGAAGGGCGAGCAAAUGCUAAUGGCCCGCCUCAACAAGCUAUCGAAUGAAGAGAUGCGCACCUUACUCUAUAAAUAUUUUACCAAAGUUAUUGACCUCAGAGAUUCGUCACGCAAACUGGAAAUACAAUUAGUGCAAUUAGAGAGGGAGAAAGAUGCCUGGGAAUGGAAGGAACGAGUUCUCUCCAAUGCGGUGCGACAAGCCAGACUGGAGGGAGAACGUAAUGCGGUACUCCUGCAAAGACAGCAUGAAAUGAAAUUAACCUUGAUGUUAAGGCACUUGGCGGAAGAGACUUCGAAUAGUUCAGCCUCGUUCUCAGAUCAAUCGUUGUCGAUGCCACGUUUCUACAAACCAUCACAGUUGGCAUUGCCCACACCAACCACACUGGCCAAUGCCGUAUAUUCCGACUCGGAAUUUGAGUGGCUCAGUCAUCAUGGUCCAUCUGGCCAUCAGCAAAGUAAUAGCCACACCACCACCACCACAAACUCACGGCUGGUUAAGGCCUCAAAAAUCAAUGAAAUGGAAAUGUGUCCCAUUACCGAUCCCACGCUCAGCAAAUACAAACCUUUGGACAAGAUCAAAGACAAGGAAAGGGAAACGAAGAAUAAACUAUUUGCCAAAUUUCAAGUUCUGACACGUUAUGCCAGCAGUAAUACUCAGCACACCGAUGAUUCGAACAUACCAUCGACGUCAUCUUCCAAUUCGGCUGGCAAUAAACGACACAAAGACAAGGAGGGUAAUUUGCAGAAAAUCGAUUUACCUCAUCCAGCCAUACCGCAAGAGAAUCUCAAAAAGUUAUCAGGAAAUGCUCAAAACACAAAGGUAACAAGGCAAAAGAAUAAAAUCAUUAUACAGGAUAAGUCCAGGAAGAAUUAGAGGAACACAACAGAUCAAUUGCUAAGAAAAAAUGAAAACAAAAGCAAGUAAGACACAUCUAGAGAACUAUAAGUAAGUUAAAGAAUAUUUUUAGUUUAGCUAAAGACCUACCUAUGGUGCGUGCUGCAUACAGUUGGUACUUAAUUAUUGGGUUCUAUAUAGGCGUAUUUUAGGCAGUAAUGAUGAAAUAUGUGUUUUGUUGUAUUUGUGAGCCCUAGAAUUGGUAGUUUUUUAUUUUUAUUUUUAUGUGGAAUAAUUUUUGCGUUGUCUUUGGAAGGUGUAUAAUUAAUAUGGAACUCCAGAACUGAUUUUAGUUAUUUUUGGCAAAACGUUGUGCAGUUUGAUUCAUAAUCUGGUACAAGAACCUGGGAAUAAAUGGUCUAAUUUUUGAUCAUCCUCAGAAACUCAAUUUAAAAUAGAUUGUGAUUAACCCAUCAUCAAGCGUUGUCUCUUAAUCGUUUAAUGAGCAAAGAUAUUAGAAAGGGAAAUUUUUGGCAUCGGAUAUAUUUUCGUAGAAAGCAAUUUCAAGUCCAUCUCGAUUUUCUGCGAAUAGUGGAAUUUAUUAGUCAUUGAAAGACAGUGCAGUUUGUUGACGUUAAUUGAUUCAAGCGAAUUUUAGAGGAAUUCUAGGAAAAUUGGGAAUGAAAUGGUCCCAUUGAUAGAAUUCAUUUUUGAUCAUUUAACUUCGUCUUCUUCUUUCCAAAAUAGACUGUUGUUAACCCUACAUCACGCAUUGUCUCCCAAUCAUUUAUCGAGCAUAUUUAUCGAAAAGGGGAAUUUUUGACCGGCAUAUCUGCACUUUUUAUGGCAUAAGUUAAGUUAAACUUUUUAGGCCCAGAUUUAAUUUUUUCAUGUGACAUUUUGAAAUGCUAAUAACAAAUCUGUUUACAAAAUAUUCUCUACUAUGUUGAGAGAGAAAUCUGUUUUGCUUGGACUAUCGUCCUUCAUAGCAAAUGCUUAAACUUCUACUAUUUUCCUGAAAGUCUUUUAACAAAUAUUCUUAAAAUUCACUUAUAGCCUACAAAAAUAUUUUUUAAGCCCCCAUUUUUUCAAGCUUAGGAAGUACUUGGAAGUACCAAGGCCAAUAUAAAAAUGUCACACAGGAGGCGAAUUCAGGCCUCGAUCUCUCUUGCUGUCAAAAGUAAAACUUUGAAUUGAUAGAAUUUUUUAAAAAUCAAUGAUUCAAUAAAUCUUAAAUUUUUUCGUUGUUGCAAAAUAGUCAGGCUUAAUUUUUUUCCUUAAAACUCCACACCUAUAGCUUUGAAAGUUUUUCAAAAACAAUCACAAAAAUGUAGUGAAAUUCAUUCAAAACUUUUUUAAUUCGCUACUAAUCCAUACAAUCUAUAUUUAAAUCUCAAGGCCUUUUAAAUUUCUAAUUUGGUAAAUCCUUGAAAGAUUUUAUUAAAAAUUCUCAAAUAAUUAAAAUUCACUUCUAGCACUUUAAGGAAUUUACCAUAAAAAUCUUCAUCAAAAUCAUCGAUACCCCUUCAAAAAAUGAACUUUUAAGGAAUUUUCUCAAAAAUAGCCAUAAAAAUAUAUUGGAAAUACUUGAAAAAUAUUUUUAAAAAUACAUUGUUUAUCCUUUUAAGAACAUACCUUAACUAAAAUAUAAAAUUUGCGGAAAAUGCUAUAGAUUUUUUUUCAAAUCUUACCAUUUUUGCCUUCGAAAGUUUCUUUGUCAAAAAUUCAAAACUAGUCAUUGAAGGAAUAGUCCUUCAAAAUUAACAUUUAAAUCCGUCGUAGUCCCUGAAAAAAGUAAUUUAGUUUUUUUUUUUACUUAUUGUCCUUCAAGAACUUAUUCAAUGACAAAUAAUCAAUUAGAAAAUAGUCCUUAAAUGUCCUUGACCUUUCUUUUUUUAAAAAAAUAGCCAAAAUUAAAAAAGAUGCUGAAAUUGGAAUUACUCAAGAUGUUUGUGGACAGGUCCAGAAGCCUGGGUCACUUAACCAUUUUUCAGACAUGCUGUGUCGAAAUACGUCCUUUAAUAGUGUGACCCCUAAAAUGUGCAUUUUAAAAAUUCCGUAAAAGUGGAUUUGCCCAAUGUAGUUGGAACAUAUUAAAAUCUCCGAUAGAGCCCUAAAAAGAUGGGGAGUCUCAACAACUCCCUGAAAGAAGUUAACCAUUUUUUCAGACAUCCUGUGUUGAAGUAAGUCCUUUAAUAGUGUGAGCCCUAAAAUAUGCAUUUUAAAAAUUCCAUAAAAAGGAAAUUAUCCAAUGUAUUUGGAACAUCUGCUAAAGAAUCUGUCCGUUUAGUAUUCCUUUUGACAUCCUGUUUUGGAGAAUGUAUUCCACUUGUGCUGUUCAAGGUAUUAGCACUAUCAGAAGGUGGGAGUUUUUUUUUUAAUUUCGGGCAGAAUGCUAUCCUGACGUAAUGUGAAAGCUCUCGUACUCGUUAUCGAAAAAAAUCCAUCGAAAUACCAAAAAUGUUGAUAGAGAAAGUAGGAGAUUAAUUCUCGCAUUCGAUAUCUCAUAGUUUCUAUUCAAAAUUUUCAAUUCCAACAAGAAAAUGUACACCCAAAGAGACAUUUCGAUCGAAACUGGUAUUAAAUGCGAUAAUUGGACCCCUGAUUAAAUCGAGUUUAGCCUUACUUUUACGACCUUUCAUAAUUAGUAGAUUAGAAGGACAUUUACUUAUAGGAGACUUUGGAUGGAUUCUAGCGCGAUGUCCGUCUGUGUGUCUGUCCGUCUGUCUGUCCGUGUCUCUGUUGUAAUCACGAUAUCUUUCGAACGAAUUGAGAUAGAAGGCUAAAAUUUUGCACACAUGUUUAUUUUGCCAGUAGGCAGGUUAAGUUCGUACAUAGGCCAUGUAGGUCCACGUUUCCAUAUAGCCCCCAUAUAGCGGUACCUCCCGAUAUUCGGUAUUUUGACGAUUUUAGAGACAUUAUUCACCGAAAUUGUUUGAGAUGUGGUGUUUGAAGUUCGAAAUGGAUACUGCAGCCUAUGACAGAAAAUUGUAUGUGCAGGCCCACGUCUUCGUAUAGCCCCCAUAUAACGGUACCUUCCAACAUUCGGUAUUUUGAUGAUUUUAGCGUCAUUAUUCACUAGAGUAUUUUCAAAUUACGUACUAAGAGUUCGUAAUGGGAAAUACAGUCUGUGACAGAAAAUUGUCUAUGCAGGUCCAGGUCUUCGUAUAGGCCCCAUAUAUCAGUACCUCCCAAUAUUCGGUGUUUUGAUGAUUUUAGGUACAAUACUCACCAAAAUUUUUUAAGAUGUCGUAUUUAAAGGUCGUAAUGGAUGCUACAGCCUGUGACAGAAAAUUAUCUAUGCAGGUCCAGGUCUUCGUAUGGCUGCGUUAUAACGGUACCUCCCUAUAUACGGAUUUUGAUGAUUUUAGCUACAUUAUUCAUCGUUUAUUUCAAGUUUUGAAUUUGAAAAUGGUAAUUUCUUAUGACAAACAAUGCCUAUGUAGGUCCACGUCGUAUAGACCCGGAUUUUUAAGAUUUUAACAGAAUUUUUAACGGAUUUUAUUUUUUUGAAAAUUUCCAACUUCGUUCUAAAUGGUGGAGGGUAUUUAAAGUUCGGCCCGGCUCUGCUUUUUAACUUGUUGUAUCUAAAAGUUCUUCCAAAUACAAAAGGUGUCCUGAAGAAUGUCUACAAUUUAUAAAAUCCCCUCCGAAAGCUCUCUAAUAAAUCUUCAGUGAUACUUUCUUCUGUUCUUGCUUAAUGAAAAUCCUGAUCUUGGUAUCGAGUGCACUAAGAUGUCUGUUAUAUUCCAGGGAACAAGUUUUGUAGCAAUGUCUGGAGUUUCCAUUGCAAUUUUUCCAAAGUUUUCUGUUUUCUUCCUUUUUUUGUUAUGUAUAUUUGUGUUCUAUGUUUUUUUUUUGUUUCACUUAUGUCCUCCUUCUUUAUUUUGUAGAAAUUAACAAAUUUAUGUUCACAGCAAUAUAGGUUCGAUGUUUGUUACCUUAGCAUAUAUAUUUUAAAAUCACCUAAUAGACUUACUAUUCUUCCUACUUUGGUAACACAUACACUCACACACAUGUAAAAGGCAUUUAUAAAAGAAUAUAAAUUUAAUAAUCCUAAUAUAAGUUUUAUAUAUAGUUUUGUUAUUAUUUUAAGAUUUUUAUAUUUUAUGUCUAAUUGAUUAAGUCCUGGCAGGAAACUGUAUUUUAUUUUCUCUAUUGUUAUAACGAUCUCUUUGUACUAUUUUAUAAUACUCAUAAUUUUUAUAUUUUAUUUUAUAUUUAGAAAGAAAGAGCAAUGUAAUUUUAAUGAUAUACUUAAUGACUAGUCCUCAUUUAAACUUCCAUGUAUUUUGUGUCUAUCCUUGUUAGAAUAUUGAAUAUUCUUGUGGUAGUAUAAUUCUCAAUUCCUCCGGGAUGGAGCUAAUCAACAGAUAGAUUAAGUUGAAUAUGUAAGAACAUCAUGGCACUUGAUAAGGAUAAAAGCAAGGCAAAGAGGAAGGACUUAGACCCAGUUUACAACUUGUGUUAAAUCCAGGGUAUCUCUUGAUGGCUUUUAGCUUUCAAUCCAAAUUUUAUUCACUAACUGCUGUUUAGCUCCUUGCAGAAUUGGUGGAAAUGAGUUAAACUAAACAAAACAAGUAUUAUUUUGUUCUUUUUGAUUGAAAAUCAACCCUUUUUUGUUUUUCACUAAAAUAACUGCACUCAAACAACAAAAACAAUAAGUUAACUAAACUAUCACUUUCAAACGAGAUUAUCUUCAUAAAAACUACUAUUAGUGUACCACAAAAAGUAUUAUACGAACCUCACAUUUCCUUCAAGAAAUAACAACUUAAUUUAUUAAAAAAAAAAAAAAAAACAAAUUGAAAUCCAACAAAAGUUAAAACUAUUUUGUUUUUAUAUUUCAUGGAUUUUUAACCUAUGUUAAAACUUCCAUUUACAUUUGAGUUCACUUCCAAGUACCCACCACCCAACUAACACCUUCAUUUAUUUAUUAUCCAUGUACUUCCAUUGUUUUAUAUACUGUAUAUUUUUAUUUUUUAAGAAUUUUUAAGAAUAUUUUUUUAAAUAUUAAGUUUUAAUGAACAAAAAAUGAAAUAAAAUUGGUAUAUACGAUUAUAUACCGCACACACAAACAAGCACUCACUUACAAAAAUCCAUUAAUAAGAAUUUUUGUAAUCAAUGUUAUAGAUAUCAUCAAUAUAUACAUAUAGAAUAUAUUCUUUAAAAAUAUAUAUCAAAAAAAGAAUAAAAGAAGCAAUUCCCCAAAAAUAAAAAUACAAAUAA